AUGGCGGAGGAAAAUCCUUUUGCUGCAAAUAAAAUUGUUGUUGAUAGUUCACAUUCUCUCUAUUUGAGUCCCUUGGAUAACCCUGGGACAAAUUUGGUAUCCACGCUAUUUGACGGAACUGGGUAUGCAGAUUGGCGUAAAUCGAUGUUGAUUUCCCUAUCAGCCAAAAACAAAUUAGGACUGAUUAAUGUCAGACUUCUCAAACCUAGAGAUGAUUCUCCAUACUUUGAGCUUUGGACUCGAUGCAAUGAUAUGGUGAUGGCUUGGUUAUUGAAUUCUUUGACAAGAGGAAUUAGGUCAAGUGUUCUUCAUUCCAAUUCUGCAAGGGAUCUUUGGAAACAACUUGAAGAUAGGUAUGGGCAAUCUGAUGUAGCUCAAUUGUUUGGCCUACAAAAGAAAUUAUUAGAAACUGUACAAGGAUCUAAUGAUAUAGCAACAUAUUUCAAUAAUAUAAAGGCAGUCUGGGAUUAA